AUGCAGUUGCAUACUGCGUAUCGUCUACAAGAAAACGGUCACACGUUGAAAGCAGCAAUCGUCUAUAUAGAAUUAUUAGAUAUAUGUAAAUCAAUAACAGAUAAUUCUAUUGAAAACCGCAGAUUCAUUUCAAAUAUUAGUACAAAUUGUGGUGUAAUAUGGUAUGCAGCAAUUAAAAAUAAAAGCUUGCUAUUUGAAGUGUUGCAAAAAUUUAACACAAUCGACGAAGUUUAUCAUUAUAUUAUUGAUACGCUGCAUGUGACUGAUGAUUAUUCAGAUAAUUUAGUUGGAUUUGGAGAACUUCUCAAUUUUUUGUACAAUGAAAAACAUUAUUCAGAGAUCAUAUGUGAUGAAAUGCUAUCUCGGAAAAGUACUCUGUUUGAACUGAAUAAAGAUGAUUUUUCCAACGAUAAUAUUUAUCUAUAUGGAAAAUAUGAUACGCAAACGGUUGAUUCAAAUGUUAAGAACUUAAUUACAAAAUAUAAUAACAAUUAUCAUAUAUUAUCAAAACCAUUUAUAUACUAUACUUUCACACAAUGUUAUAGAUUAACAGACGAUAAACAAACAGCUGAAAUAAUGGCAAAGAAUAUGAAUGAUGGGAUCGAUAAUUUCAAGAAAAAUAAAGAUUCAGAAAAAGAAUUACAUAUCGAUGAGAGUGGUGUCAAGUUCCACAGUUCCGUGGAAAUUCCGGCAGAAUUCUGCAGAACUGCAGAAUUCAACUUCACAUUCAAAUAUAUACUGUAG